CUCUUUACCCUUGCUAAGCGAUCGAGAUCUUCAAGAGCGGGUCUGCUAGCGGACCUAACAGUCUAUUCUAAAGUUUGAAUUGUCCCCGGUGAAACGGACUCGAGAAUUAAUUGUCACCUGUUGGUUUAGUUGCUGGAAAGCGCAUUUCUUAAUAAUUUUAGAUGAUCGCUUUUGAUGUGGACUGCUAAUUUGAAACAUAGGCGCUUUCGUCUUAAAUGGAACACUUAACUUCCGUACAGUAACAGUGGUAAAGUAACAGUGGAAAAGAACAGUGGAGCAUUCUUUAGCCGGAGUAAGCCGAAAAGGAGCACACCGGAGUUUAUUUAAAAAAAAAGAGGGAAAUUUCCGUGCGCUGCAGGAAUGUCGAACAACACGGAAGCUAAGGUAACGAGCUCUACUGAACAAAACGUUUAGAGCAAUCAUGAAAUAUCUGAUAAUUACCUGACCUGCGAUCAAUCAAUCGUGAAAUGAAACGUUCUAGAACCGCAUUGAGUUUUUUCCUAGCUAAUUACAGGUAAUAAUUUUGUGUCUUAGGGGUAAAAUCAACCUUACGUAGGUACUGUUAUCGAAGUCACAAUAAGAUACGAUAGAAACCCACAAAGAAACACAUCGGCUCAGAAGCAACGGGGCAAGAUUACCGUGCGCUGCGGGAAUGUCGAACAACACGGAAGCCGAGAUGACGAGCUCCACCGAGCAAAACGUUAGCCUAGGUUUCUACAUCGCCAUCAUUGUAACUGGUUUAAUGGGCAAUAGUUUGGUGAUCGCUGUCAUUUCUGGCAAGAGGAGCAAAAGGUCCAUAUAUGAUCUGUUUAUUUUGAAUCUUGGCAUUGCCGACUUGUCGUUCAUCAUCUUUUACAUGCCAAUCCUUAUUUACGAGGGGUAUAUCAACAUCAUUUACAAAACUGUCUAUUAUUGUCGACUUGUUCAGCCUUUGUUGACAAUCUUUUAUUUCUUGAGUAUCUUCACCAUCUCUUCCAUGGCAAUCCAUCGCUGCAGGCUGAUUACAAAUCCGUACAAACCCAAAAUGAAAAAACGAAGUGGUUACCUGUGGAUCGCUGCUAUCUGGCUCUCUUCAUUAAUUAUCGUGCUGCCUUUGUCUAUUGUCACAAAAUCGAAAAACGGGCGAUGUAACGAGGAAUGGCCAUCACUGAAUCAUCGCAAAGCCUACACACUGGCUCUUUUCAUUCUUCAGUUUGUUAUUCCCACAGCCUAUUUGUACUCACCCGAGGAUAUAGAUCAGUACCGGUGA